UAGUAAGCUAAGUAGUAGUUAAAUUAGCCGCUGAGUUAAGGGUGGCGGUGGCUGCCAUAGCAACCGCUACUGAAACACUAGGCUAGUUGUUUGUUGUUAGCUUCUGUGUUAGCCUUUAACAUGACGUCGAACAGACUUCAGUUUCUAAUUUCGCGAUAGUCAGUCAGUCGGUGUCAGUCGACAAUGUUGUCUCUUGUUGCGUUUGUUUAUAUUUCUCCGUUUUAACCUCGCUCGUCGAUGUUUAACAAGCUGUCUAUGAUGUCAGACUGUGUGGUUGUGGAGUUGAGUUUAGCUAACUUGGUAAUUUCCACGACAUCCAGUGAGCUAACGCUAGCCACCGAGGCCGUUAACUUCAGUUUCAGAAUCCUUGAACUAGUAUGGAUGUAGAUGACUGUAAUGGCCGAUCCUACAUAUCAGGCAGUGGAGACUCCUCAUUGGAAAGAGAGUUUUCUGGGGCCUUUGGAGGCGCAACAGUGAGCACCCCAAACAGCAAGGAGAACUCUCCAAGUCGUUCCCUCAGUGCCAACUGUAUUAAAGUGGAGCUGUACAGCGAUGAAGACUUAGGUCGUGGUCAAGAGGAUGAAAAGACGGAGCGGGCAGAGGAAGGAGGUCCAGGGCAGGAAUCAGAGUCUGGAGGAGGCUACAGGGAGCUCACUAAUCCUGAAGUCAUGCCAGCUGGAGCCACCAGACUACCAAAUGGAAAGCUCAAGUGUGACAUCUGUGGAAUGAUCUGCAUCGGUCCUAAUGUUCUUAUGGUGCACAAACGCAGCCACACAGGGGAGCGACCAUUUCAGUGCAAUCAGUGUGGCGCCUCUUUCACUCAAAAGGGUAACCUGCUCCGCCACAUCAAGCUGCACUCGGGCGAGAAGCCUUUCAAAUGUCCUUUUUGCAGCUAUGCAUGUCGAAGGCGAGAUGCCCUUACUGGCCAUUUACGCACUCAUGCAGUGUCUUCUCCAACUGUAGGGAAGCCAUAUAAAUGCAGUUAUUGCGGCCGUAGUUACAAGCAGCAGAGCACGCUGGAGGAGCACCGCGAGCGUUGCCAUGGSUACUUACAAAGUCUGGAGUCACAAUCACUGAAUAAUGCACAAAAUAUAGGAGAGGAGAUGAGAGAGCUAGAGUUUGUACCAGACUCUCUUCCGCAGCCCUCCUCAGACAAGAUGGCAUUUAUUGAUCGGCUCGCCAACAGCAUCACCAAACGCAAAAGAUCCACACCACAAAAAUUUGUAGGGCAAAAGCAUAUCCGCCUCAACUUUCCGGAUGGACCUUAUGAGCUGACAGCUGAUUUGGAUAAAGGUGAAGACCUUCAAGCAGGGGACCUUGAAGCACCACAUUUUACUGGCCUUGGAGAAUACACAACAGGUGUAGCAGGUAAUAAAGGAGGGGCGUCUGACAAACAUAGGCCUCUCCAUCUUCCCGCCACUCACGCUCCUUGUUUGACUGAACUCAGGCCGAUCCACAGCUCCACUCAUACUUCUAUUGCUUUAGGCCCAAGGUUGGAUUGCACAGGGGCGGGGCUGGGGGCUGUAGGAGGAAGGGAGGCUGCCGAGGGUCACGAGGACCUGCCUACUGGUCGAAGUCAUGCAGCUUCACCUAGCAAUGGUUGCCAGGACUCUACGGACACAGAAAGCAUGCCGGAUGAGCUGUGUAACAGCACUGCUACCAUUCCAGCGUUGCACAGUAACAACGGGCAUCACCUUUUUCACUCCAACAGCCACGUGACGAGACCUCCUCCUACCUUUCGCCACAGAAGUCGGGACAGACACAGCCCCAGCUAUUCCAAAGACCACGAAGUGGAAAGAGAAGACGGGGGACACUCGGCCCUCCCACCUCCUGCCUUUGCUCCGACCUCUAGCUCACCUACAGCCCCCUCCUCCACUUCCAAGGAGGCCUAUCGGGUCGUCGACGGGGAGGGCCGAGCUGUGCGUUCCUUCCGCUGUGAGCACUGCCGUGUGCUUUUCCUGGACCACGUCAUGUUCACCAUCCACAUGGGCUGCCACGGUUUCCGACAGCCGUUCGAGUGUAACAUCUGCGGUUACCGCAGCCAGGACCGAUAUGAAUUUUCUUCACACAUUGUCCGUGGAGAGCACAUCAUUGAUUGAAGCUAAAAGUUGGACAGGUUGCUUUACUUAGAGCUUAUUUUCACUUAAGCAAGGACCUGGCUAGAUUUGUUCUGCAUAUGAGCUAAAGGGGACACUGAGAGUACAAACCCAACAUAUACAUUAGCAAUCAAAACAUCCAAUUUUUACAAUUCUAAUGUAGUAACAGUGGCUUUAAUUGUUUUGACUAUCAGAUACAUUUGACGUUCUGUUUUGAUCAAGUAUUUCCUGGAGCAAGUGAACUUCUUUAUCCACAGAUGUGCCUUGCACAAAAAUUCAGGAUUCAAACUGCAUGCACAGAAUACAGCAGUAAAAUCAGACUUAUAUUCAUAACUUUGGUCUAUAUUACAUAAAGCCAAAAAUGGUUUGUAAAUUUACCUACAGUGAACUAUAAGCAGGUUUAUGUGUCCUAUUUCAAAAUUAACUCUAAAAAAAUGUUAGCAGACCUUGAAUUUCCUAACAUUUUUCAACUUAGGGUUAAUCUCAGACUGUCAGUCAAUUCUAAUUAUGUAAAGUGCAGAUCAAAAUCAAAACCCAGGUUCAUAUUAGUUACACUUAAAUGUUUGAGGGGUGUGGUGUCUGUGAAUUAGAAAUGCACUUUGAUUUUUAAAAUGAAGGGAUCUAUAUAUGUGUGAGAAUCUGAGGAAUUAUUAUUAUUAUUAUUAUUAUUAUUUUUUUUUUUUGAAAAUGAAAGCCUUGCUUGUGUUGAUGCCAUGUGGGAUAGUGUAUGGAAUGAAUUUUUCUUUGAUAGCUUUUGUUGCACUGAUUCCUGCCAGAAUUCAACAAUUAAAUUAAACUACUUUAUAGAAUAAGUUAAUGAUCUGCACAUCUCUAAAAGUGAGGAAACACUGGUGGGUUGUUCUGCUCUAAACGGUCCAGAAAUCACUGCCAGGGUUCUAAGAGUAUGUAGUGUUUUGUUUUCAAACAUACAUUAAAUAAUAGUGCAUCACUAAUAUCUAAAAUAUUUAUUUUUGCUAGAUUUAAAAUUAUUAUAGUGUUCUGUAAUUGUAUUGUGCCUUUAUUCACUUUAUUUCCCAGACUGGAGCUGCCAGCCUUCAUGUCUUAAAACAGAUCUUUGUUGGUGACAUUCAAGGUCAAAUCAGCUGGCUUGUAGUUUUACAGUAAAGAAGAAAAAAAUACAAGAUGCCCAAGAAUGGCUGUCCUCUAAAGUUAAAUUAUAAACACUUUUUUUUCCCUCCAAUAAAGGCAUUUCAGUCUUAGCCAUUCAUCUUGUUGUAGUAGUCAUCUGUGAUCCAUCUUGUUUUGGUUAUUCAUGCAGAAAUUUGCUUUGUCACUUUACACACUUUUUGCUUUCUAUUGUAUUUUUUCUUUACAUAACAUCAGAUUUUAUUUAUGUAUUGCUGUCCAGAAGACAGAGUUGGACCUUUAUUAAGCCAGGAUCACAGAUGUAGUUACAAGAAUUGUUACCUCUUGUUUAACUUGAUUGCGGAUGAGAUUAUUUUCCAUCUUGUACCAGGUAUUAGCAGUAGUAAGGAGAAGUUACACAGAGAGUAAAAACUUACUAUUUUCUUUGACAGACAUGUUGUAAAAAUUAUUUCAAUAGAGCAAAUGAUGGAAAUUAUUGAAAUGAUCAGCUGACUUGAGCCCUUUUAGCUUUUGUGUAGUACAAUGAUUUGCUUUCCUUUUUAACUUUAGUUGAAUUUUAGAUUGUUUCAUCUUAAAACAUUUAAAAUAUUAACUAAAUUGAAAUAACUCAGCUGUGUAUGGCUCUAAAUGAAUAUUAGUGGUUGUGUUAUUGUUGUGAACACUUCCUUGUUUUGUCCUACUGAACUGUUUUCACCUGAUGGUUCAGGCUUUAUUAGAUGUAUGGAUGUGCAGAAGUUCCCAUAUAUUUAUUAAACAGAGGAAAAAAUAGGAUCGAUUUUUAAAUUAAGAGUAUGGUUCAGUUCAUCAAAUUUUCUUGUAGUUGAGCCAAAGACUCACUAUUAAGCACGUUCCCUGGUUAAUUGGCAGAAAAGAAAAUUAAAAUGUACAUGUAAAAGUUUAAUUUGAAUAAAGCUGAUUUUUAUUUAAAAAAUUGAUUUUAAAGCCCUUUGGAUCCACUUCAUCUCUUUAAAAUGUGUUGUAAAUACCUCAGAAAAUGUUCUUGCAUCAGAAAUUUAAUUUGUGCUCUUGAAUUUUACACUAUAACAAUUGUAUAAAUUUUCUGGUACAAAUUUCAGUUGAAGAAUAAAAGGUUUGCCUAACGAA